GCGAAAAAACCAAUUGUUAUUGCCAAAGAAGCUGAGGAAGAGCCGUGUAAGAAUAACGAAGCUGUAAAUCAGGAAGAGCCGUGUAAUAAUAACGAAGCUGAAAAUCAGGAAGAGCCGUGUAAUAAUAACGAAGCUGUAAAUCAGGAAGAGUCGUGCAAUAAUAACGAUAAGACUGAAGAUGAGCCAGAUUAUACAAACAACAAAAAAAGAAAAUUUGGUAAGUUCAAUAACUUUAAUCAUGUACUCGAAUCAAUUCAAAGAUCUCGUGAUUACUGGGAAAAAAGUUAUAUUUUGAGGGAUGAAAACGAAAAAGAAAGAUAUAAAAUUAUGGCAAAUGAUGAGCUCACUAAAGCGAUUAAUGGACUUAAAAGACAGAAACUUACUGAAAUUUUAUUUUUUAAUCUAUAA